AUGAUGAGCAUUUCUCAAUGGUACUUGGCAUUUUCUGACACCUUCUCUCAGGUUGUAUGUCAGAAAGCCACGGGCCGAUUCGCAAUAUUGUUCACCUAUACCAAUUUGCCGCCAUCAGACCGUGCAUGCGGUGUCCUUCUUGCGAUGACCGGAGAUGAUGUCGAUGUGAUUAGGAGUCAGAAAGAGUCAGAAAUGAGUUUGGAUGACAAAUAUGCAUCGUCAGAAAUUCCUAUAACUAGUACAACACCGAGCAUACAAUAUAUUCACUUUUGUGGGGUGAUUUACUCACGCUUACCUAAGAGGGCAGAACGAUACGACUUGCCAACAUUCUCCCUAACUUCGUGCGUCCAUGUCAUACGAGGACCUGCUGUAACUUUCACAUCGGAUGGUUUCCAACCACUACUUCCUCGCUGCACUCUCGAUCCCUUAACCGAUUUCUGCCUUUCCUUCCCUCGCAUUUUCAGACUCCCCCAUACCCUUUUGCUUUUUUUAUACUCGAGCUUAUUUUUUAGCCCCAUGCCCGACCUUGACACUUAUCUCCCUAUGCCAAUGAAAUUAUGUAGUCGUCUUAAGUUUUCUAAAUCCCCAUUUCUGUUUUCGCUACGCUGUGUCAGUCACUUGUAUUUGUCAAGAGAUGGCCUGCUAGUCUUCAGAAUUUGCAUGUCCCUCCUAAAGUCAUCGAAGACAGGAAAAUGUAUUUUCGAUUCGAGGAGAAACUUCCUCCUCUUCCGCUUCUCCUUCCUUGUCACAGUGAUAGCUCAAUGCGGAGUGCUGAUUUGGGGCUGCGAGAGUGUUAGGGCGAAAGUCGGCGAAGGACGUUGUUGGUGCUCGUUUGCGCUGUUAUCCUUUGGAUCCACUCCCUCUGCUGAUAUUGUCAACAGAAUCGGCCACCCGCUCGUAGGAGGCAAUACUAUUUGCCUCUUUCCGAUCGCUUCAGGGCCUGCAUCGUUCCUGACCUCCCCGCUCUCUAUGCUCCACUUUGGCAUCGAGCAUCCAACAUUUCUCUCCAUCUUCCAUUUCAGGUUUGCGUCUACCUUCCUAUCGUUUGCCGAGGGGCUUCUUUCCCGGGCCCUUAAAAUAAGAUGGAUUAACAAAUGGGAGAGCCACAGCAGGAUGAAUUUUACUACUUCCGGGAAUUAUUUCAAUCAGUUAAGGUAUGAGCAAGCCUCCAAGCUCUUAAUGGAAGAUGUAGGUGCCAUGCAACUGCGAAGGCUUUGCUCCUUAGGGAGGCUGAACCUUGGAAGAGUUACGAGUCUCUAUAUUCCCGCACGUCUUGUGACUUGGGUGCAUCAAUAUCUCGAGGCUGGUAGAACCGCUGUUUGGUCCGAAAAAACGAUAUCGAUUGAAAUUUUGGCCACUUCUCAUAGGAGACUUGGCGGAGGGGUGGAAACGAUGAAGGGUGAGAGUCAUGGAAAGGGCUUAUGUGGACGGAACUCUUCAAACCUUGGAGUGGAUCCCUUUCUCCAAGACCUAUUACUCCAGUUCCCCUCUCCUUACCGGCGAAUUGUUAGUUCACUACUGUGCGAUAGUGAUCCUGCUUUAGCCAGAGAGGCAAUGGAAGGUAUGCUCCAGGGAGAGGCUUCGAAGGAUGCCCAUUUUGCCUUCCUUCUCCCCCUAACUCACCGCGCUGAAUACUCCUUUUUUGAAUGGCGCUGCAUCCACAGAGACCUAGCGACCAUUGAUUGGAAUCCAAUUUCCCUCCGGAUACGCCACCUUGCACACUGCAUUUUACCUAUAUGGAGUGAAAAUCCGAGCAAUAGAGCUCAAAAACGUGCACAACGUGCCGAGCCGAAACUUAGGCUCAGGAGCCAUGACAUGAAGGAACUCACACCGCACCAGGCAUUGACAGUCUACAAACCCCCAACUCAACAGCGCACCUCAAUUUCUCUCCCGCUCACCAGAGCCAGAAGUGAAUACCCUGUCCACGUGAUUGUCGCCUCGCGCCUUCUAACGUUUGCCACAACACCCUACUAUCCAAACCGGAUAGGCUUACUUCUCCCGCCUAUCAACAACUUCUACUCCAAGACACAAUGGUUCAAACUCAUCCCAUUCAAUAAACACCAGUCCUGCGAAAAACUUCAGAUCGCGCUAAGCUACUAUCUCCUACUCUUCCACACCGCAAGCGCCACGCUACAUUCACAUAGCCGACGGUAUAAUACCGUUGUCGCCGCCACUGUGCCUCCGCAAAAACCCGACGCCUUUUUUCAAGAACAACUUACAAUUUCUAUCCCACCACUGCCCGACCCUGCUAGAUUUGCUUCUCUUUUCGCCCACACACGCCUGUCACACCAACCCUUCCCUCCGCCCUAUAACUCCACAAAAGCAGCUAAAAUGUGGCCAUACAAAUUUAAGCCCCGUCGCCGCUACCUCCUCUGGUCCAACUGCUGUUACCCGGACUGCACACAGCGGAUUCACAUGGGGGGGCGACACGACUUGGGGAUGGUGUUGUGCAGGUACCAUGAGCCGGCGUUGCGGCGCAUCGUCGAGGAUAUGUACUGGAAGUGGUGGAAAGGGGACGAUGAGCCGAGGGGAAGUACGCCAGGGGAAUUGACGCCGGAUACGAAGAGGUCGAAUGCGACGGCAGGGACGAGGGGGGGCCCACUGAUGGAUGAGAGGAAGAACCAGAAUGAGAGGGAGGGUAAAUUCGGUUUAAGGGAAGAGAGAAUGGUAUGCCCAAUUCCAGAACCGAUCCAGUGGUUUUCAGGCCCCAUAGUGACAAGUCCCAACUGCAAGCCCAGUCAUAUUCCAAUCCGAUUUUCCGGUAAAAUAAUGCACCACUAUCGAGCCGACCACGAACAGACAUGUACCAUUGACGCACCCAAACCUGGACAUAUUCUGUACAUAGGAAAUCAGGAAACGUAUUAUAUCCGCUUUUUACUCCUAUUUACAAGAGACUGA